GGGAGCAUCCGGGCAGCAGCACCUCCAGUCCAGAGGGAAUGGGGAAGGCAGGAACAUGAGCGACCGCUCACGACAGUAGCAUCCUCAGUGGUAGGAGCCCAGGACAGCAUCACUGUCUCUCUUGGAAACUCCUCCACAAGAUCGUAGGAUAAUUCGUUCUUACCCUGACUUAACUUUCCGUUCAUAUUUCCAAUACAGAACAAUCGAGACCUGGUACCUGGAGGAAACAUCAGCAUUUGGCCAGUUUGGUUUGGCCACCUGGCAGAGAUCAGCUCUAGAGACGCGAUGGUGGCGAGAGCCUUCCUCUUGCUGGCACUCUUUGCAGAAGCCUUGGCGAAAUCAUGCACUCCAAAUAAAGCAGACGUCAUCCUUGUGUUCUGUUACCCCAAGACCAUCAUCACUAAAAUCCCAGAGUGUCCCUAUGGAUGGGAAGUACAUCAGCUGGCGCUCGGGGGUCUGUGCUACAACGGCGUCCAUGAAGGUGGCUACUACCAGUUUGUCAUCCCAGAUCUGUCACCUAAGAACAAGUCCUACUGUGGGACCCAGUCCGAGUACAAGCCCCCCAUCUACCACUUCUACAGUCACAUCGUGUCUAACGACAGCACGGUGAUCGUGAAGAACCAGCCUGUCAACUACUCCUUCUCCUGCACCUACCACUCCACCUACUUGGUGAACCAGGCUGCUUUUGACCAGAGAGUGGCCACUGUUCAUGUCAAGAAUGGGAGCAUGGGCACAUUUGAAAGCCAGUUGUCCCUCAACUUCUACACUAAUGCCAAGUUUUCCACCAAGAAAGAAGCUCCCUUCGUCCUGGAAACAUCCGAAAUCGGUUCAGAUCUGUUUGCAGGAGUAGAAGCCAAAGGGCUAAGCAUUCGGUUUAAGGUAGUCUUGAAUAGCUGUUGGGCCACCCCUUCGGCUGACUUCAUGUACCCCUUGCAAUGGCAGCUGAUCAAUAAGGGUUGCCCCACUGAUGAGACAGUUCUCGUGCAUGAGAACGGCAAGGAUCAUAGGGCAACGUUCCAGUUCAAUGCCUUCCGGUUCCAGAACAUCCCCAAACUCUCCAAGGUUUGGUUACACUGUGAGACGUUCAUCUGUGACAGUGAGAAGCUCUCCUGCCCAGUGAACUGCGACAAACGGAAGCGCAUGUUACGUGACCAGACAGGGGGCGUCCUGGUUGUGGAGCUGUCCCUGCGGAGCAGCGGGUUUUCCAGUCUCUAUGGGUUCUCAGCUGUUCUCUAUCACCUCGUCCUGAUGCUGGGGAUCUGUGCUGUGCUGUAG